AUGGCCGCUCUGGCCCAAGAGGCCGCCACUGCCCCCGCUUCGGCGCCCGCCGGACAGGCUUCGGAGUUCCAGCCGCGGGGGGAAGAGCAAGGCUGGCACCCCCAGAUGGGCUGCCAGGCGAGCUCGGGGAAGAAAAAGGCCGCCGCCAGCGACGCCGAGGUCACGGCGGAGGGCCCGGCCGAGGAGGAGUCGAUCACUGUCGUCGUGGCGGAGGCCUCCUCCGACAAGGAGUUGUCCCGGUCCCAGGAGCUGUCCCAGUCGCGGGAGCUGGAGCUGUCCCGGGCGUCGACCGCGGGGUCGGUCACGCCCGAGGCCGGGGCCGACACGGGCGCGAGCAGGCUCGCGCCCUCCGGCCAGGGGAAGACGACCAGCGAGGAGCAGGGGGCCCGGGACCCGAGGCUGUCGGCCCUGUCGAAGAGGUCCUCGUCCUCGGGCAAGGGCCGGUCCAAGGUGCCGAGGGCGAUGGGCGUGGUGAAGCGCAAGUGA